ACGCGUAAUCAGAACAUAAUGUCUUCAAGUUUGUCACAUGGUGUUUAUAGUGUUUUUGCGUUUAAUUUAAGUUUUUUCGAAAAUUAACUAUUGAAUCGGUACUAAAAAGUACAUUUUUAAUUAAUAACACUCCGGAUUACAAGUGCAACGUUAAAUUUAGACAGUUCUCGUAGUAUUCCUCAAUAAUAACCGGUUCGUCAGUAAAGCGGUUCCGGCACUCGUUGAAUAUAGUAGAUUUCAAAACGUGACAACGUAAAUAUUUUAUUUAAUUCGUAUUUUAAAUCGUUAUUAAUCGCGCAAAAGUGUUUAUUCCGAUAACAUUAGUUUGUAAGUCUAACCAAGGUCCAAUGCAUUUUAUUCACAGCGACGACCUUUUUUCAUUUUUCUAUUUAAUCCCCUUGUAACGUAAUGCGGCAUGAUAAAAGUCGACAUCACGAAACCUUCGUUGUGUUUCAAAUUUUAACUUUUAUUUCAAUUUUAACUCGUCCGUUGCGCGGUUUCGAUCAGUUUCUAUAAUCGUCCGCCGCUACGAUUCCACUUGCCCAUAUAAUGGCAGCGGAAGUAUCGAAAAACGGUGCCGCCUCGUGCAGUAAAAUGAACAACGUUUUUUCAUACGCCAACGCCGUAUCAAACGCAGCCAAAUCCAAGACCAUCUCCAACGAUCAAGAAAACACAAUCAAAGAAGAGGAAAGCAAACCGGCCCCGAUCGACGACAAUAACAGUAAUAAAGAAAACGAGAACGUAAACAAGGAGAACGUCAAUUCACAAAACACCCUCGAAGAGAAAUCUUCGGACAUUGAUCUCUUAAAUUCCAACGACCAAAAUGUCGAUCCCGAAGACGACUUCAUAGAUUAUAGCGGUUCCAAAAGGAAGAAAAAAAUCGCGAAAAGUAAAAAGAAAGAAGUAGCCUUUAAACCUAAUCCUAUAAUUUUAACGCGAAAUAGUCCUAUAAAACAAGAUAAAAUACGCGAUAGAAAGCGUGAAAAACCUAUCGUUUUUAACGACGAUAAAAGCGAUGUAAUCAAUACAAUGAGCUGUGAUGUAAAAUACGUCGAAGCACCGGUACCUAAAGUCAACCCGUGGACUAUAAAAAGAAACGCAAAUUCUGUACUCAAGGCAGAUACCUUUUCGUGUUCUGAAAAAGAAAAUUCGCCCGAUGAUACUACGAAAAAGAUCGUCGCUAGUCAAUCAGAACCACCACCACCAACCAUCAGCGAAAAACCAUCCAAUACUCACGGUCUUCCAGUAACGACGGCUGAUAAGGUGAAGGGUAAAUUGAGUAGAAAAGAAAACGGCCUAACUGAUGUUGAAAACUGGCCAUCGUUAGGAAGUGGAGUUAAUCAAAUUGAAAGACGAGCUUUAAACGGAGACCAUUUCGGAUUGCUGAACGGCAACGCUUGUAAAUUGGACAAAUCACUGGGGAUGAAUUCGCGCUCAAAAGAUAAAGACUUUGAGCAUUCGUCUCGUUCGUCUUCCGUAGUUUCGGGAUCUUCCUAUCGACAUCGUUCGCCUGCCAAUAAGGAGAAUCGUAAAGGCUCCACUGCCCAGUGUCAAGACAAUCAAGACGACGACAGCGUUAGCGGCUGCAGCGAAGAAAAUGGCAACUCGAUCGGUCUGAGUAAUAAAAUGAAACGUAAAGGUAGCAAUAAGAGGAGUGCCAAAACGCAAGAUGAGGCCAGUAAAGAUGAGGAUAAAAAUGGUUCAUCGGCCGAACACCCGUCUAGUCAUUCUUCGUCAGCGACUUCGUCGACCGAACGUCAGAAAAAAGUUCCAAAACAUAAAUGGAAACGAUUGGAAAUCGAUACGCAUUUUUCGAGAGACAGACAUAGAUUCAGUUCGAGAUCGAAGUCUGGAAAUGGAGCUCCCAUUAAGAAUCGAAAGACUGACGAUAAUAUUUUACAACCGCAUAAUGAUAACACCAGUUUCAAAGGCUUAAGAGGUGGUACCCGAUAUAGUCGUUCGGCGAUCAAAAACGCUUUCACUUCUCGUACGAGUAGAAUUACCAAUGUUAAGAAAGUCCUUAAAGACGGGGACCUUACCUCCCUUAAACACGACGAGUACCAAGAUUAUCCCGCCGAUUACCUAACUUGCCCGACCGAACAGAUUAAUCCUGCAUUGUUGAGUGGUACAGGAAUUAUGUCGGGAGAUCUGAUAUUACCAUUUAUGGGGCCUUAUUAUUAUACUCCGGCUAAUACAUACGGCAAUUUGCACGAAGCUACGGUUAUCGAAUAUGUGAAAAAACAAAUAGAAUAUUACUUCAGCGAGGAGAACCUAGUGAAAGACUUAUUUUUAAGGCGUAAAAUGGAUUCCGAAGGUUUCAUACCAGUAACGUUGAUAGCCUCAUUUCACCGAGUUCGAUCACUGACCAACGAUUUGAACCUUGUGAUAUGUGCUAUCAAGCAAUCCGAGCAUUUAGAAUUAGUCGAUGGAUUCAAAGUGCGUACGAAAAAAGACCCGACAAAAUGGCCGGUUCCAGACGCUGUACCAACUCCAACAGCUAUCGCCGCUACCGUUGCCCCAUUCACAGUUCAUCCGCUAGGACCACCGGUGAUUACGACUGCGAUCGCUCCGGCGACGGCGCCUUUACAAGCUAUACCUCCACCACCGAUGCCGAGGAGUUUCCGUAUGUACUCGCAUCCGACGACCGAUGAGACGGCGUUCUACGGUGACUUGCAAGACGACGCUAUUGACGAACAAGAGGCGAACAACGCGGCCGUCGACGAACAUGUCAGCACGUUUUCGGAGAAUCUUAACCCGAACGUGCCGGAAUUCAUACCGGUGAUCAAUGGUUUGGAAGAGAAGAAGAAGUCAUCGGUCGAGAAUGAUGACGAUAUCGACGAAUGCGUCGAAGCCAUCGAAGAUAAGUUGAAGGUCGACGAUAGUGGUAAACAAACUGGCGUUGGUGCUGCUUCUGCCGUCGAGAUGGAUGAGAAAAAUGGAGAUUUUCCCGAUCUAGGUGUAGAGAUGAAUAAUCACGAUAGCGAAACCGGUACUGAAGAAGAACUUAAGACUGAAGAUGAAUCGAAAAAUGAUUCCGGUAAUUUUAGUGAUACCGUUAGAAGUAAUUCGACCAACGGUAAAGAAACCAGUGAUAAAAAAGCUAGCGACGAUGAACGUUGGCAAGAGGUUAAAAGACGAUCGAAAUUGACGCGCGACAGAAGAGGCAGCAGCUACGAUUCAACUUGUAUUACCAUAUCUUCGGAUACGAAUGUGACGACGACUUCCACUACGACUUCGGCAACCACCAUUAAGCCGUCGUCAUCGGUACCGCAAAAGGAAGAGCUGUAUUUCCAAUUCGACGAAGACAUGGACGUACCGUCCGGAAGGCAUAACACGUUUACCGAAUGGUCUGAAGGCGAAGAUUCAGACUACGACGAAUUGAGCGAUAACGAAAUCAACAAGUUGUUAAUAGUGACGCAGGCGUCGCAUCCGAAUCGCCUAAAGCACGACGGUUACGAUCGUACCGGAGACUGGCAAACGCGCGUGAAAAUUAGUCAAGAUUUGGAACAAGCCAUCGACUUGGGAUUACAGAUUUACGAAGAAAAUUUAUGGUCCCAACAGCAAUGGGUAUCCUCGCCGAGUAAUUACCGUACCGUAAACGUGAUUAGUCAAAAAGAUUUCGAGAAAAUGACGCCUCCUAUGCCGAGAGCAAGUAAUCCCGAAGUUCCACCGCCACCUCCUGGUGUAUCAUCCGGCUACGACGAAGUGUUCGAAAUGGAGGAAGAUAGUAAAUCUCCAAAGGAAGAGACAUCUGCUCAAAAACCGACCACCGAUUCGGUCGUACAGUCUCGCACAUUUAGCAGACAAAAACGAGACAGGCGACGUAACGCCGCUCGUUUCUACGGAGUUACCAGCGAACGACUAUCGCAAGUUCGUGAAAAUAGUUAUAAAAUUUAUUACAGUCACAAUCAACCAACGGAACACCAUGUCGGCUGGAUCAUGGACUACAGAGAGCAUAGACCUAGGACGUAUUCCACUGGAAGCAAUGCAGGCACUAGUCCUACAGAAGGAUCUGUUAUUUACGGAAGUACCCCUCAAUCAUUACCAAAUUUCCAACAUCCGUCCCACGCUUUAUUAAAGGAGAAUAAUUUCACGCAAACUGCUUACCAUAAAUGGCAUUCGAAAUGCUUGAAAGAACGAGCGAGAUUAGGAAUCGGUCAGACGCAAGAAAUGAACACGUUGUUCCGUUUCUGGUCGUUCUUCUUACGUGAUAAUUUCAAUCGAAAAAUGUACGAUGAAUUUCGAGCUUUGGCUGUCGAAGAUGCUAAACACGGUUAUCGAUACGGAUUUGAAUGUCUUUGUCGAUACUUCAGUUAUGGAUUGGAAAAGAAAUUCCGACCAGAUUUGUAUCUUGACUUCCAGAUCGAAACGAUGAGGGAUUACGAAAACGGACAAUUAUAUGCUUUGGAAAAAUUCUGGGCAUUUUUAAAGUAUUACAAGCAUAGCGGUACUUUACAAGUGGAUCCAAAAUUGAAAACUUAUUUAUCAAAAUUCAAGGAUAUCGAAGAUUUUCGUGCUUUAGAACCGAUCGAAGAUCAAAUGAGACAUAAUAUUGGCAGACAAAAGAGAUUCCAACGUAAUCGCAGUGUAUCGGAAAGUUCGAGUUGGGAACGUAACCCCAGAAGAAGACAGUUCUCUGUCGGUUCGGUUCCGACGUCUGUGCAAAGUGAUAACAGAAAACGUGCUGAUUCGAUGAGCAUCGAAUUGAGUUCCACUUUACCUAAUGGAACGAGAACUAAACCAUCGAUCAAGAAUUCGACGAGUAAAAACCUACACGUAAAUUUCGAUCUCGAAAAACCCAAGAUGACGGAAAUUUGACGAUUACAAAACACGUUCGAUUUAUGUAACACGUCAAGAAAUUCGAAUUCGCUAUGUUCAUCAAUUAUGCAUAAAGUUUUACACGUUGCAAUUUUCCGAAAUAACGCGACUACCGCGAGAAUAUGAUCUAAAAAAAAAAAAAAAAAAAAAAAGACAAUCUAUGGCAUGACGAAGUUUUCGAAUUAUUUUAUCGUUGCAAGAUUUUUUUUUCUUUUUUGGAAUGUUAACAAAAUGGAAGUGACUUUGAUGAUUUUUAUUUGUUUUCGUUUAUAAGAUGAAUAUUUAUUUUAUUUAAUUUUCUUGUAUUGUUUAAGACUUAUCAACUAUUGGCGAAAACAACCGAAAAUUUUUGGUUUUUAAUUGACAUCAUUGGACGUGAAAACGUUUAGUAAAUGGACGCGUUCUCGUAUUAUGUGUAAAUUUUUUCUAUUUUUUAUCAGCGUUAUAACUCGCAUAAAAUUUAAGCUCGGCCAUGCUAAAUUUCUUUACCAAUCGUAUCGAGAUGGAUUUUAUAAUCGAUUCAGAUUUAUAGCGGAAAAAUUUUCUCGUUUUCGUUGAUAUCAUUUACAUGCGUAUUCCGAAAACUUUCUAAUUUUAAACGUGUAUCCCCCCCUUUGUUUUUAUCGAAACGAUGUAAUUUUUUUCUUAGAGAAAAAUACACGUUACAAAUUUCUAGAUACUUAGUAUUUUUCGGGCGCUUUUUUUUUAUUUGUCAGCGCAGAAGGAAAUAUCGAAUUGUAAUUUUUUUAUUUUGACUAAACAGGGUAAAA